UAAAACAUUAGCCGGGCAGUUGGGAGUAGCCUCGGUCUUCGAACGCGCACAAACGAGAGACCCGGGAACCGCUCUCCGAAAAUAUUAACAUGUGGAACAUCCGCGGAAAAGUAACUAUAAAUUUGGUUUAGUGCAAUUUUUUAAGUGUCAUAUCACCAUAAAAAGUGAGUAUUUAUUCAAUGAUCGUCAAGAGGCAACUGCCUGCGCAUCAAGGUGGACAUCCGUUCGUUCACAGGUGAAUGUUUCAGGAUGAAAAGUCUGCUUUUCUGCACCAGUGUGUUAAGUCUUGGGUUGAGUUUCGUGUAUGGCAGCGCAGUGUCCUCACAUUUGACCGGUGAGCGAGGCUCGGAUCGUCUGCAGAAAAGAGACAACCUAUCUCCCCGUCGUAUCGUCGAAUAUGGCACAUAUCACGGAGAAGAUCUCGCGGAUGAAAUGGAGGAGCCACUAAAACCGAUAGCUCUUUCCUUAGUGGCAAACGGUUCUCAAUCAUCGGUGGUUGCGGCCAAACAAGAGCCACAAUCGCCGGGUCCGGAUCCGAAAAAGUCUUCGACGGAUUUGAGAGCGCUUUCACUAGAUUCGAAGGAGCCUCCACAAGAUUCGAAGGAGCUGUUAAUAGAUUUGAGGGACCUUUUAUCAGAAUCAAACAAACCAGAUCUAUCUGCUCCUAAACAGGCUUCGCAAGAUUCCGAGGAACCCCAAUCAGGCGGUAAGAAGUCUUCGUUGGCUCAUAAGGAACUCUCACAGGAUGGUGACGGAUCCUCGUCAAAUGAUUAUAACGGGGAUGAUUUUGAGAAGACGUCGGAUUAUGAGAGCGAACCUUCGUAUCCUGAGGAACCAGCUCCUCAGAAAGCCCCUCUCGAUUCUGCAAAUCCCCCGGUAGAUUUUGCAAAACCUCCUUCAGGUUCUGCGAAACCCUCACCAGAAGCUUCAAAACCCUCGCCUGAUUCUGCGAAACCCUCGUCAGAAGCUACGAAACCCUCGCCAGGUUCUACGAAACCUUCGCCAGAUUCUACAAAACCCGUGCAAGACGUAACAAAACCCUCAACAGAAGCUACAAAACCCUCUUCAGAAGCUACUAAACCCUCGCCAGAUUCUACGAAACCCCUGCCGGAUGUUGCGAAACCCUCACCAGAAGCUGCAAAACCCUCUUCAGAAACUACUAAACCCUCGCCAGGUUUUACGAAACCCUCGUCAGAUGUUGCGAAACCCUCACCAGAAGCUGCAAAGCCCUCGUCAGAAGCUGCGAAACCCUCGCCUGAUUCUACAAAACCCUUGCCAGAUGCUGCGAAACCCUCGCCUGAUUCUACAAAGCCCUUGCCAGGUGCUGCGAAACCCUCGCCUGAUUCUACAAAACCCUUGCCAGUAGGUGCUGCGAAACCCUCGCCAGAUGCUGCAAAACCCUCGCCAGAAUCAAAUAAUCAAGAUAACCAAGAGGAACCCGUGCCAAAUGAUGACAGGUCCUCGUCAAUCGGCAAGCAUACUUCACCUGAAAAGAGUCCUCCACAAGAAAAUCUUCCUCCAAUAGCAGAUAUUCCCCCGGCGGAAUAUAUUCCCCCGCAAGCAUAUCCUCCACUACCGCCAAUGAGACAAAUACCGACAACGCCGCCUAGGCCAAGAAUGAAUAAAUUCCUUGCGAUAAAACAACGUCUAUUCCCUGCCUCGUGGUUUCCUUCUAAAAAACAGGGUUUGCUGGAGAUGUUUCCAUUUAGGAUUGCGAGGUUAUAUGAAUCUUCAGACCUGUCCGUACAAAACCCCGACUUCGGGCCUGAAGGGCCGGCAGACUCGGUCCCCCAAGGCUCAAGCGUCCAGAUCUUUCAGGGUCCGAGCUUCUGGCCUGAAAGGCCUGUGGGCCAGGGCUUUCAAGGUCCUAGCUUCCGCCCUGAGAGGCCUCUAUAUCCAGCCCUCACACCGCCUCUUCCGUAUACGGCAAGACCUCCAUAUCAGGCCUCAAGUUCCGGGCAAGCUCCCUCGGAAUGGUUAUCAGACGUUUUCAUUGACGCCAUCAAUAAGGAACAGAGCCGCUGGAAGGCUGGAAGGAAUUUUGGCCAGAGGCUCACAAAUACAGAGAUGGAGUAUCUGGUGGCGCGAAACCCUAUCGUACCGGACAGGAAUCUCAUCAACAUUCUUCAAGAUAUAACCACCUCCCUCAUUCCGAAUCUUUCAGCCGUGUUUCUUGAAUAUCUCGGCUUCACAACGGACGAAUACGAUGGUCGCAGGUCCUGGUGCGAGGGAGGCCCUCAGGACACGGGAUAUGCCGCUACAAGCUGGGCACUUGCAUCUGCAGCAGCUUUGCGCCAGCGAGUAUGCAUGUUAAGGGGCGUUUCGGAUGCAACAUCCUAUGCAGCUGAAUUUAUCAUCAACUGCUGUAGAUACUGCGAACGGACGACAAAUGGUGGCGGGUCUGCAAUGGUGGCUUAUCAGUACAUGCGACAGUUGGGCACCCCCAGUGAUGAGUGUCAGAAAUACAAAAGGGGAAAAAUUUCCCUAGACCCUGACCCGAGGGCUCGGAUUCAACCACCGGCACCUCGAGCUUGCAGCAAGGUUUGCGAUGACGGCAAUAGAUUCCCCACCAGCAGAGACCGGCUGAAUAAAUUCGUUAAUAGAGCUGAUGAAGUAUUCUACAUCACUCCCCCAUGGCCUAGCAUAAUUAGGCGGGAAAUAAUGCGCGGCUCUGUCACCGCUGAGGUUACUGUUUACACGGAUUUUCCGAACUACAAAGAAGGUGUUUACUCUCCGACGAAAAUUGCUGUCCCCUGGGGUAACAUCACGGUCCGUCUCAUUGGCUGGGGCUCAGAGGGUGGACAGGACUUUUGGCAAGCUGCGGGUAUUUGGGGGCCCAAUUUUGGGGACAAAGGUUAUGUGAAAUUCAAGCAAGAUUGUCCCUUGCUGAAUAUCGAGCAAAGGAUUACAGCUGCGAGACCGCAUUUGGACGACCUGCCGUCAGAAUAAAACUCUCAGCCAGUGUCACAUGUUCAUUC